AUGUCCUCCAGCAACGGCGACGACGCCAACCGCCCUCAAAGCAACAACCAUCUCCACGUCCCAGGAGACGACGCCCCUCCUCCCCCCUACACAGAAACAGACCUCCUCAGCAACUCGGGCAGCUCUCGCUCGCCUCACCUCACCCCAGCCGCAUCCGCAUCCGCAACCCCCUCAGCAGCUACCGCCGCCACCACAGCAGCAGCAGCAGCAACUGCAGCAACAGCAACAAACUCAAACUCCUCGUACAGCUUCGUCGACGAUGCCGCCUCGUCCACCGCCGGCGAUACCAUCUACACGCCUCCCCUCACCCCGCGCAUGUCGCCGGGCAGCUCUGCGCAGCCUGCCGCCACGCUGUACUUUGAGCUGAGGCCGUCUCCCCUGAGCGAGUCGGCACGGGGGGAUGUCAUUGUUCAUACAAUCGAUGUGAAUGAUGCUUCGAGGCCAGAGGAUUUUCCAUAUGUGACCCGGUGGGCGGACCGCGAUGUCACUGCCCUCGAUUGGUCGACCUUUAUCAACUUCCUCAUCCCCGAGCACAUGGCCAGGCAGAACGAAGCCGUCAUUCACAGAAAACUGCUUGACGAGAUACAGUCAGAGUCGGCCAAGACCGCCGCCAGCACAGUCCAGGCCGAAGCCCAGCUCGGCCAAAUCGCCGACGCAAACACCUCUUCGCCUCAUGCAUCUGCCCAGCGAAGGCGUGAAGUGGAAGCCACCGUCCAGCAGUGGAACGACGGCUUCUUUGGCCCCCGAGGCAUCCAAAUCGUGCUCGAGCCCCCGCGGCCGUCCUCGACGCAGAUGCCCGGCGGCUGGGAGGCAGACUUUGAUCAGACGUCGUCUACGGCUGAGCCUGGUCCCUCGACGCGAUCUCAGCAGAGGGGCGGCGGCCGUUCGGCGCCUGGGGGAUGCGGUUCGUGGGGGAACUGGCAGAUUGAUAGCAACGGUGUUCGCUACGGCAAUGGCUUCGUGGCGGAUCUAAAUGGCCUACGGAUCGGAAACCUGGUCAUGGACCAUCACGGCAUUCGCUAUGACAACGGCGCGGCGGCACAACAACGCCCUGGCGAUGCUUCUGCAGAUGCCGACCGGGACUUUCGCGGACGGACUGCCUAUCAAUAUGGCAAUGAAAAGGAAGGCCAGAGACGCUCCUCGUCCGUCUCGUCCACAUCCUCUUCUUCUUCUUCCUCAUCCGAAUCGUCCAUCGGCUCGCUCCCCAGCUACGACGAUGUUCCUCUCAGCUCCGCGCAGCUAUACAUCAACCGCCUCCAAGACUGGACCAAGAACCCAGACCAACUGCGCACCAGGGCAGACGUCAAGCAGCUCAAGACGGAGCUCAAGAGCAUCCCCAAGUCGCAGGACAAUUCCAUCGAGAUGGACAAGAAGGCUCUCAGGGCACAGAUCAAGACACUGACAGCCGCGUGGCGGCAGAUCAAGAAGCAGCAGAGAAAGGAACGCAGGGCUCGCAGACAAGAACGCCGCGCCAAGAGGAGGGCGGAGAGGAAGGAAAAGAGGCAGCUCAAGAGGGAGAUGAAAAGGGCUCGCCGAGAUGCCCGGAGAGGCAACAACACGACUCCUGUGCCCCCUUUUCCUCCAGGUGCCCCUCCCGUUCCGCCUCAUCAUCCUGGACAUGCGGCGCCUCAUGCCCCGCCGGUGCCUCCAGGGCCUCCGCCGCCGUUUACGGGCGGUUUCCCCUGGGGACGGCCAGAUGGCAGAGGCAGAGGGAGGCACCACCAUCAUCAUGAGAACCGGCAUCACCAUGGUCCUCCUCACAAUAUGGGCUGGGGGUCUCGGCCUCCUCAUCCUCCUCAUCCUCCUCAUCCCCCUCACCCUCCUCACCUUCAUCACCCUCCUUACCCUCCUCAUCCUCCUCACCCUCCUCACGGCAGAGGCCCCCCUAGUGACCAUGGUCUGCUCGGGGGUAUGUUUGGCCCUGGUGGUCCUCUUGGUCCAGGGGGGCCGCUUGGUCCGGGGGGCCCAUUCGGACCCGGAGGACCGUUUGGCCCGGCGGGGCCUUUCGGCGAGAAGGGGCCCUUUGGCGGGAAGGGGCCGUUUGGUGAAGAGGGCCUCUUUGGUGGUGGCGGUCCGUUUGGCUCGGGCAGCUUCUUUGGAUCCAACCAACAAGAGCAACAGUCCCAGCAGCAGCAGCAAGGCGUUGAGUCCUCUACCGCCUCCGUCCCCGGCUCCUGGCCCGACGAAAAGAAGAACCCAGCAGCUUUUCGAGAUGACGACCAGGGAGUCCCCCCGCCAGGUCCCGCGGCAUCAGCCAAGUACCGCGCCAUGGAAGGGAUCGAGACGGCGAUCCAGCACCAGGUCGCGGCGCUGGAGACGGCCGAGCCGGGAUUCCAGCGGGAGGGGCUGGAGAAGGCGCUCGAGGAGCUGAAGAAGAAGUUGGAGGCGAUGAGGGUGGAGGCUGAUGAGGAGUAUGCGAGGGAAUUGAAUGGGGGUAGAUAG